AUGGAAUUUGGCUUUGAAGAUACAGUACCAAAUGAUGAUGAAGUUUUUGCUUCACAACAAUUAUUCAAAAUUUUAAAAACAUGUGAAGAUAGUUAUUUUAAUGAACUACAUACUUACCAAACUCUCGAUUUUCAUGAUGAAUAUGAUGAAAUGACGGACGAAGACGAAACUACCGAUGAAGAUGAAUCAAAUGAUGAAGAAGAGAAUAUUGCCGAUUAUGAUGAAAAUCAAUCCUUGCAGAUUCGAAACAACUUUACGUUGGAAGAAAUGCAAGAGAUAGUGGAAUGGGUUGAUCAACAUCCGACUCUUUGGAAAGUACGUAAAGUUUCUCUUGAAAUUCUAAUCUAUUGGUCUUACUGUGAUAUAUGUAUUCUUUCAGAUGCUUACGACUGGAUUAGAAACCAAAGAUCUUUAAUUUUGAAUUAUUAUCCUCAUGAAAUUUUAAAUAGUGACCACUGCUCAUUUCAACAAGAAUAUAUUUCUCCAAGAACUCUUUCUUUUACCGGUGAAAGAACUACAGAAGUUGUUGUUAAAAAGAAGAAUAAUGUUACACACUCUUAUACUGUGCAGCCAAUUACAUCGGCUGAUGGUCAAUUAUUAGACAAAUUCUUUCUUAUUCUACAAGAGAAGGAAAAUGAAUUUGGUAAAAGAGUAGAGAGAGAUUUAAUUGUACCACCAAACGUCGUAGUACGCGCUUCAAAGUCUGGAAAAAGCAGUGGUGAAAAACAUCGUAUUUUUUUAAAAGAAGUUUUACAUCCUCUGGUCGGAAGAAAAUUUCUACUCUUUCUUGAUUAUUGGCCAACUCAAACUGAUAUGAAAAAAUUUAGAGCAGUAUUUCCACAUCAAGACAGUCAACUAUUGAUCUUUCCUAAAGGAACAACUGGUUUUAUUCAACCUCAAGAUCUGUCUUUAUUUCGUGCAUGGCGAUUUAUUCAUAAGAAAAUCGAACAUUAUGUUCAUAUUAAUCGAACCGAAAUGAACUUGAAUGAUCGUCAAUACUUCAUUAAUAUGCAUUCAGCCAUUCACAAUCAAUUAUCUGCUCCACAAUUUAAAAACCUCAUCAGAUCUGGAUUCAUUCAAGCUAAAAUACUCAAUCAAACAGUUGGCGAAAUUAAGAAACCAAAGGAUGUUUGUUUUAAAUUCUAUGAUCUUUAUUGCUCAGUUGUUCGUUGUGGUGAACGAACUCUUCUAACUUGUGCUUGGUGUAAAAGACAUCUUUGCUAUUAUCAUCUAAUCGAAGAUCUCCAUCUCCAUAUGUAA